GUCACAAAGUGAAAAAGCGGAAGGAAGCUUACGCUGGGGAGCGGUGACGUCAUCCAAUACACGUCACCACACGGAAGCUUUCAGAUCCAACCUGCGAGACGCUUCCUUUGGUCUGAUCAAAAAUGGGUGGCUUCUUCUCCAGUAUCUUCUCGGGCCUGUUUGGAACCAGGGAAAUGAGGAUUCUCAUCCUGGGUUUGGAUGGUGCAGGGAAAACCACCAUUUUGUACCGUCUGCAGGUUGGGGAGGUGGUCACCACAAUCCCAACAAUCGGCUUUAACGUGGAGACCGUAACAUACAAAAACCUGAAGUUCCAGGUGUGGGAUCUGGGAGGCCAGACGAGUAUCCGGCCAUACUGGCGGUGCUACUACUCCAACACAGACGCCGUCAUCUACGUUGUCGACAGCAGCGACCGUGACCGAAUGGGCAUCUCCAAGUCUGAGCUUGUGGCUAUGUUGGAGGAGGAGGAGCUGAAGAAGGCCAUCCUUGUCGUGUUUGCAAACAAGCAAGAUAUGGAACAGGCAAUGACACCGGCCGAGGUGGCCAACGCACUGGGCCUCCCUGCCCUCAAAGAUCGGAAGUGGCAGAUCUUCAAGACCUCGGCGACCAAAGGCACGGGCUUGGAUGAAGCUAUGGAGUGGCUAGUGGAUUCGCUGAAGAGUCGGCAGUAGAACAGAGGGGAAAAAAAAGACGACGAUGACACGUGCCCCCCCAGACCCUUUUUUUUUGUAAAUAUCCUUCUGUAUAAAACCUUGUGACUGACCUCGCUUCCCAUGUACUCCGGCCAAACCUGGGACUGAAAAGCAGAGGCCUCGUUUUCUAUUGUCUGCGUGAAAAGCAUUGUUCAGAGGGCAGCGGUGGUCAAGGUUACACUUCCUACUUUCAAAUCAAUCAAAGUUGGGUGCCUUUGGUCGGAUUCAUUCACUCCCAUCACCCUCAGAAGGCUUGUGCGUGUCAAACGAGCAAGAAACGCGAUGACACUUUGCUAGGAGGCACCGCAUAGCCGAUUCUUUACACACUAAUGGACCACGGAGUGUUAUUUAAAUCUCUUUUUGUACAUGAGUGAAUUGAUUUGCCUGUCGUCGCACCACCAUUUCUAUUGUCGACAUAGUUAAAAUUAUGCCCCCCCCCCAUGGAUUGCAGAGUACAGUUUGAUUCAAAUUGAAUGGCUGCAUAUUUAUAACUGCUUGUACAGUGAAAAUGAUUCCCAGUAAAGACUUUUGGUGAUUGUAACAA